AUGUCUAGUGUUUAUUUCGGUGCCAAAACAUCUUUGAAUAGAUUUGCUUUCUUGCGGCCCAAUGCCGAUUUCAUUAAAUCCGUAAUUGAAUAUUCUGGAACACGACUAGUUUUCUAUCUACGGGAACCUUUAAGAAAUGGCUUCAAAAUUCUUGCGCACAAGUCUCCCGAUCACCCUAGAAUCGUCUACUUUCCCAUAGAUGGCAGUGAGCUUGUUCACGAGAAAAUGAAGCAGUGGGCCCAAAUGAAUGCUGCCAACUCAGCAGAUCUCCGAUUGAAGACCAAGAUCACGGCUGUGUUUCUUGGACUGGACGAAGAGCCAGGAUCGGCUGAUUCUCCGUUGAAAGACGAGUCGGUCGAUCCAAAAGAGGUAUUUCAGUUCCAGAAUCAUUCUGGCGUGCCACUAUUUGCCGUGGAUAUCACCGACAACGAGGAGCUUUGUCAUGAUAUUAUAGGACGACUGAAAGAUGUCGAGUAUUUGGCUAAUAUAGAUGACAUUAUGAACUUGAGCCUUAUAGAUUCAUCGAUCUUUUCAUAUGGAAAGAUGUAUCUUGAUUGGCUGUAUAGGAACCAAUACUGUCCUGGCUGUGGAAGUCGGGUUAUCCCGAUCUUUGCCGGCUCCAAGCUUCAGUGUACGAACGAGGCCAAAGAAACCGAUUCUAGGGGGAAUCAGGUAUUCAAGUGUCCAGUAAGGAAGACUAGCGUAAAUAAUGUGUGCUUUCCUCGACAAGAUCCCGUGGUUAUCAUAGCCUUAAGGAAUAGUUCAAGCACAAAGAUCCUCUUGGGUCAUAAUGCCCGGAGAAAAAACCUAGAUGAGAAGUUCUUUUCUUGCUUCUCCGGAUUCAUGGAACCUGGAGAAACGAUAGAGGGUGCGGUAGAAAGAGAAGUCUGGGAGGAGACAGGAUUCAAGCUUCAUGAGAAGAUUCAGAUCGUUAAGAGUCAGCCUUGGCCCUUCCCAUGCUGUCUUAUGGUUGGAUGUGUUGGUACUACAGAUCCCGGAGUCGACAAUGAAAUCAAUAUUCAUUUGGACAAGGAAUUAGACGUUUGCAAGUGGUUUGAUAUCGACUACGUGGCAAAUUUGGUCUAUAAAAGACCUACAGAUGGUAAAAUCAGACUUCCCUAUGCAGGAAGUGUCGCAUUCGAAUUAAUUAAGAUGGUGAUAGAUGAUUGUAAAUCUAAGGGGAGACUAUGA